AUGACGAACAUGUCCGAAUUUUUCAAAAAANACUCCUACAGGUAUAAUGGUCUUGUUCACAAGAAAACCAUAGGAAUAGUUGACACACCUGACAAAAAGGGAUUCACAGUUAUCUAUAAAAAAUCGAAAUUCCAACAUAAGCCUAGAAAAAGUAUUGUGAAAACCACAAUGAAGGCAGGUCCUAGAAGGUCUCUUUACAAACUUAAAAGGCUUAUUCAAAAGAACAGAUACCGCACGGACUUGACCAAGGUUGCCCUUCGCAAGGCUAGUUAUAUCUUAAGGUCUUUUCCUUAUUUCUUCUUUCUGAAGUUCGUCACUAUUCAUAACUACAUUCAGUAA